AACCGAAACGGAUAAAUCAAUUGCUUCUUCUUCUUCUUCUUCUUCUUCUUGUAAAGCUUCUACCUUUACAAUGGCGACGUUAGGCUUCAACACCACUCGAAUCCAAACACCAUCACUUCCCAGAAUCCCCAAGUCCUCUUCUUUUACUAAACCCAUCAAAACCCAUCAUCAUCUCUUCUCUUCCGGUACCCUGUUGAAACGCUACCGUUUCGUCUCCAGGUCGUUACCUGAGAGCUCACUGUCGAUUACUAAAGAGCAAGAGGUAUCAAAUGAAGUAGAGGAAGAUGAUCCAACGUCAGAGCUGAGUUAUCUGGAUCCUGAAUCCGAUGCGGAUAACAUCAAAGAGUGGGAAUUGGAUUUUUGCUCGAGGCCUAUCCUUGAUUCCAGAGGGAAAAAGAUUUGGGAGCUUGUGGUUUGUGAUGCUUCGCUCUCUCUUCAAGUCACUAAAUAUUUUCCUAAUAAUGUUAUUAAUAGUGUUACCCUCAAAGACGCCAUUGUUACCAUCACUGAAGACUUGGGUGUUCCUCUUCCUGAGAGGAUUCGCUUCUUCAGGUCACAGAUGCAAACCAUUAUAACAAAAGCUUGCAAAGAGCUUGCCAUUAAGGCAGUGCCUAGUAAACGGUGUUUGUCUCUGUUUCUGUGGUUGCAAGAACGUUAUGACACUGUGUACACGCGUCACCCUGGUUUCCAAAAGGGAUCAUUGCCUCUUCUGUCUCUAGACAAUCCAUUUCCAAUGAAUCUUCCGGAGAACUUGUUUGGGGAGAAAUGGGCAUUUGUUCAAUUACCUUACUCAGCUGUUAGAGAGGAGAUCUCAGACUUUGAGGACAAGUUUGUGUUUGGUGCUACCUUAGACUUGGAUUUGCUUGGCAUUGAAGUGGAUGAAAAUACACUGAUUCCAGGUCUCUCUGUUGCUACUUCACGAGCUAAACCUCUAGCAGCUUGGAUGAAUGGGCUUGAAGUAUGUUCGAUUGAAGCAGACAGUUCCAAAGGAUGUUUGAUUCUAGCUGUUGGGAUCUCAACAAGGUAUGUCUAUGCGACCUACAAGAAGACACCUGUUACUACUGAUGAAUCUGAAGCUUGGGAAUCUGCAAAGAAAGCAAGUGGUGGUUUGCAUUUUCUUGCAAUUCAAGAUGACUUAGAUUCUGAUGACUGUGUUGGCUUUUGGCUUCUUAUUGAUUUGCCACCACCCCCUGUUUAAUUUCCCUUUUGGUAAAUGUUAAUACCAGAUUUUGCCAUUUAGUAACAGAAAUCAUGCUUCAAUUAGAACGAAUUGUUACAC